AUGAGGCUGCAAUUCGGGCUCUUGGCCCUUUGGGCCAGUACAGCAAUGGCAGGAACCUGCCAGUCGGGUACCGUCGAAGGCCCCUAUACCGCUCAAAAUGUGGCCUUCGAUGUUAUCUGCGGCAAGGGGUUGACGGGUACGUCUUACACAACUCAGGCUUCUAUGAUGGCUGGGGCCAUUGAAGAGUGCAUGGUGGCAUGUGCAGUCGAUUCGUCGUGCAUUGCCAUAGUCUGGGAUAACAUAGGCAGCUGCUCUUUAUUCAGCUCAUAUAGUGCUAUGUACAGCGACUAUACCGAUAUAGCUAUCCGUCAGCAGCCAUCCACUUCGACAUCCGUGGCACCAUCGACAACUUCUUCUGCAGCGGUUACAUCAUCUGCGCCACCGCAAUGCCAAGCGGGCACCUAUACAAGCUCUACCGAUAAUGUGCAGUUUAAUACUGCUUGUGGAAGGUAUUACGUGGGCACUGAAAUCUCCAAUAGCGUCGCUGCUGAUCUGCAGGGGUGCAUGGAUAUGUGCGCGAGUGAUUCAAACUGCGUUGCAGUGUCUUUGUCGUACAGCGGAAAUGUCUGCCACCUCUUCAGUCACACUGAUUAUUCAACGCCCGAUGCCUCCUGGGAUCUGGCUGUUGUUUCAUCGCGGCCAUCUUCGACGUCUUCAACAUCUUCAGCUGAUUCGACAUCUUCUGUUGAUACAACAUCCGCAGCUGAUUCAACAUCUUCGGGUGACUCAACCUCCACGGCAUCCUCAGCGACAUCUUCAACACCUCCAGCUUGCCAAGAUGGUACCUAUAGUGGUACCAUCAAUCAGUUUACAAUAACAUGCAAUGCCUCGCCAAAUGGGUAUCAAACGCUAUCUAGUCUUGGAACUGGAUAUACCCUGGAGACAUGCUUGCAGGCAUGCGAUGUUGAUAGCCAAUGCGAUGGUGCCGUUUUCUCGGAGCAAAGCGGUUACUGCAUUGUAUAUCAGGGUGCCCUGUCAUCCACGUACUCCAGUGUAGGCGCUGAUUACAUUUACAAGAUGCCCGCAACAUCCUCAUCAUCUUCAUCAUCUUCAGUAUCUUCAACGACUUCAAUUUCCUUAACGUCUUCUACUACUUCUUCAUCCCCAUCGUCUACAACAUCAUCAGCACCACUGACCUGCGCUCAACUGGGUAGUACCUACACCGGUGCUUCCAAUACGGUAUUCGAAGUUACAUGUGGAGCGAUACUGGGAGGCUCUCCCUCUUCAAAUACUCAAGUCAACAGCGUUGAGCAAUGUAUGGAUUUAUGCCAAAUUGAUCCGACUUGCCUUGGAGUAUCAUUCUUUGGCUCGAUGAAUCGCUGCUACUCGGCUACUGUGUAUGUCGGUUCAAGCGCGGCUCCUCCUUAUGAUGUGGCUAUCAUCCCAGCCCGAUUACCUUCAACAUCUUCAACAUCUUCAGUCGAUUCAACCUCAACAUCCGCAAAAUCUGCCUCAUUGACAACUGUAGGAUCUUCAACUGAAACCUUUACAUCCCCAUCGUCUGCAUCUACAUCAACUGUAUCUACAUCAUCUACAUCUACGUCGUUUACAUCCACAUCAACAACGUCUAUAUCAGCUAUAUCUUCAUCCUCUACACCUAUAUCCUCGUCAUUUACAUCGCCUACAUCCGCAUCAUCUACGUCUAGAUCUUCAGAUACAUCGUCUUCAACUACGUCAUCUAUGGCUACAUCGUCUACGUUCACGUCUCUUACAUCAGCAUUUAUGUCUUCGUCAGCUACGUCAUCUGAGGUUACGUCUGCCACAGCUACAACAUUUAUAACUACAUCACUUACGACUACAACAUCCACCCCAUCUACACCCGCAUCCAUCUCUACAACUUUACUGACAUCAUCAGAGCCCAACACCUCAGAAUCCACGUCAUGGUCCGCAUCUACUCUGAAGCCUGAAACACCAACCUCAGCAGAAUUAUCUGUCCUUUCCUCUAUUGUGACCUCUACUGCAACAUUAACUAUCGAGACCUCCACCGUUUUGACCUCUGCGAGAACCGAGAACCCAAGCUCUGAGACGUCCGCAAAUGAGACUACCACUAUGUCUCUUAGUUCUAAAGGAUCGGAAGCAAGCUCGAGCAGAACCAGUCAAACCACAACAGAGACAGAGUCCACAGUACUAUCCACCCAACAACCGACCUCACCAGUCAGAAGUGUUUCACCAUCGGAAUCUUCAACCUCAGCUUCUUUGACUAUAUCGACGACUUCAACAACUCCCUCUACAAGCCCAAGAAAUAUCCAAGUUCUUGAUGGUUAUGAUUUUGUCGCCUGUCUACGAUCCGAUGAGGGAUUUCCAACUUUUACAGAGGUAUCAACCCAGGCCAACAUGACCACAGAGAUCUGUGUUAAGUUGGCUGCUGGAAGCAUUUAUGUUGGCGUCUAUGAAGAGACUUGCUAUAAGGCUGAUUCCCUCGCUGGAUCUGAAGUUGUUGAGGAUGAGCGCUGUGGCCUCCGGUGUCCUGGCAAUCCCACUCUAUUCUGUGGAGGCACUACUGGCGGUGCAGCGGCCUCCUCUUCUUCCUCUCCUUCUUCCAACUCAUUGUCUUCUUCUUCUCCUUCUUCAGGGGCUUCACAGGCUUCAGGAACACGGGCCUUAUCAUCAACAUCCGGGUCAAUUGCUCAGAUAAGCUACACGCAGUCAGUCCCCUCUUCUUCAAUAUCAUCUCGAGCAACUGCAGCAUCACUAUCGAUUUUCGAGUCGGGAUCAAUCUCUAGCACUCCAUCUCCAACAAAACCCGGCCUUAUCCGAACCAUUCACGUCACCAGGGAUGUCACUUACACAGAGAUAGUCAUUGCAGAGACAGUGACCACUGUCUCAUAUGUCACUAUUGACCCAAGUCAGCCAGAGGUUUUUAUCACUACUUGUAUACCGGUAACGCUGCAAUAUACUCCCUGCAAUUGCGAUCACCAAGAAUAUCCGCCAGUAGAUAUGACCACCAUUACUUCGUCCUGCGACGCCUGCGGCUAUCAGGGCCAAGAUGUUCUCACCAUGGUGGUUCCAGUUGCUGCUUGUGAGAGUGACAAACCUUCCGGUUGGAUCGAGGGUGAGGCUUGGAACCACGGAUAUCCUGACUACAUUGAAGGUCAUCAGACUUACGCUGGCAAUGCAGCAGGUGUCGAAUCUCAACCUCAACCGACACAAGGAAAACAGAAUGGCGAGGGACAGGACUACGAGAAUGGAUCUACAGAUAUUGAAGCCGCGAUUGAGGGAUCAGGAGGGGAAGUGCAGAACAAACAGCCAACACAAGUGAUGCAGAAUGGCAAGGGACCGGAUUAUAAGAACAGACCCUUCAGUACCAAAGCCGCAUCUCAGAGACCAGAGGAUGAAGCACCAAACGAAAAGACUGCCAACCCCCUGCCAACACAAGGCCAGCAAAACACGAACCGACCAGGUGAUGAGAACGACCAAUCAUCUAUUGCAGUCGAAACUUCGGCAGAGCAUAAUGCCAAGAACGGGCCCAUCGUCUCAGCCUCCCAACCCAGUAACGCACUGAAUCCGCCCAAGCCCCUGCCUCCACAUGAUCAGCAACUUUCUUCUUCUGACGGACUCCCAAUCGAAACAAGUGUUGUGUCAUCUCUGGGACCUGACACUCCUACUAGUCCUUCUCAAUUAGUACCUGUUCACGGACAUCAUCCAGCUGUCUCGACGACGUUUGCUACCGAGAUAGAAAUUACUAAAGAGGCCGAGGCAUCUGAGUCGACACAUAGCCUCAAUCCUUUGGAACAUGGGGAGGCUUCAUCUAUCCCAUCGAUAGUUUCUUCAUCGGAAGGAUACAGACAUCAUAUCAUGUACUGGAGUAUGAUGGUUGUGAUAGUCGGAGUGGUGCAGUUACUUUAG